GCUGGUUGUGAUUGGUUGAAUAAUAUGUGGCACCUACAUGGCCUUAGCACCUUAUCCCAUAAACCAUAGUAUUGACAGUUGUGGUGGUCGUUAAAAAAACCACACAUCAUCUUAUUAUUACAAUCUCCUUUCAUUCUCAAACUCACAAAAUCUUCCUCACCAUGGCUUCCACUACUCUCUCCCCUGCAACUCCUUCUCAGCUAUGUUCUGGAAAGAGUGGGAUGUUUUGUCCCUCAAUGGCUCUUGUUAUGAAGCAAACAAGAACUCAGAUGAUUGGAAAGAGUAAUAAAGGAAUGAAAAUUACUUGCCAAGCUACUAGCAUUCCUGCUGAUAGAGUACCUGACAUGAGUAAGAGGAAGACCUUGAAUCUGCUUCUUCUUGGUGCUCUUUCACUUCCUACUGCUGGAAUGCUUGUUCCUUAUGGAUCUUUCCUUGUCCCUCCAGGGUCAGGCUCUGCAACCGGUGGUACCGUUGCCAAGGAUGCCGUUGGCAAUGAUGUAGUUGCAGCAGAAUGGCUCAAGACUCAUGGACCAGGCGACCGCACUCUUACCCAAGGAUUAAAGGGUGAUCCUACCUACCUUGUAGUAGAGAACGACAGAACACUUGCAACAUUUGCGAUUAAUGCCGUAUGCACUCACCUCGGGUGUGUCGUGCCGUUUAACACAGCUGAAAAAAAGUUCAUCUGCCCAUGCCAUGGAUCUCAGUACAAUGACCAAGGAAGAGUUGUAAGAGGACCCGCUCCCUUGUCCCUUGCAUUGGCACAUUGUGAUGUUGGUUUAGAUGAUGGGAAGGUUCUGUUUGUUCCAUGGACUGAAACAGAUUUCAGAACAGGUGAUGCUCCAUGGUGGUCUUAGACUUCUUAAACAUGUCCCUAUAUUGUAAUAUAUAUUCAAAUCUGAAAUUCAAACAUCUGUUUUUGUAUUAAUGCAUAAACACAUUUUGUAAUCAAAUCAAUAUUGUGUAUUGAAGCUGGUAUAAGGUGAAAACAAAACCUAGAUGUUGUUUUUUUGUCCAUAA